GAAACAGCGUGAACGCGCCAAUCUGAACUCCACUCUCACUCGGGUCUGUCAGUCUUUUUUUUUUUUUUUUUUUUUUUGUCUCAUGCGCUGUGUCUCCCCUCUUUUUUUGUCUCCCUCCAGCCUCAUGUUCGUACAACCACACCAAGUCGGAGCAGAUUCCCUGUGUAGCCGACACUGAGAGCCCGUUACCGGGGCCGGUGGAGUUGACUGAGCGGUGCCAGGAUGCGGUGCUACAAGUUUUUGGGACCAUGUUCGGUUGGAUUUUAUAUCUGGACGGCCAUUCUUUUCCAAGGAUCCCUACAGGGGGAGCACCAGAGGAGGCUUUACAAGGACCUACUGGCUAACUACAACCGCCUGGAGAGACCUGUAGUCAAUGAUUCAGCCCCCAUCCUGGUGGAGCUGGGCCUCACACUGCUGCAGAUUAUAGAUGUGGAUGAGAAGAACCAAGUGCUGAUGACCAACGCCUGGCUGCAGCUGUACUGGACAGAUGUUUACCUCAGCUGGAAUCCAGACAACUAUCCUGGGGUCCAAAAUCUGCGAUUCCCUUCAGAUCAGAUCUGGACCCCUGACAUCCUCCUUUACAACAGUGCGGACGAACGCUUCGAUGCCACGUUCCACACCAACGUACUGGUGAAUGCGUCUGGUCACUGCCAGUACAUCCCUCCUGGCAUCUUAAAGAGCACCUGUUACAUUGAUGUGCGUUGGUUCCCCUUCGAUGUGCAGAAGUGUAACCUGAAGUUUGGCUCCUGGACACACAACGGCUGGCUGCUGGACCUCCAGAUGCUUGAUGUGGACACUUCCACCUAUAUACCCAACGGCGAGUGGGACCUUGUGGGUGUACCAGCCAAGCGUAAUGAGCUGUAUUAUGAGUGCUGUAAGGAGCCCUACCCAGACGUGACAUUUACUGUCACCAUGCGCCGACGAACUCUGUAUUACGGACUCAAUCUGCUUAUUCCAUGUGUGCUGAUCUCUGGCUUGGCCCUACUCGUGUUCCUUCUUCCUGCAGACUCUGGAGAAAAAAUCUCUCUGGGUAUCACUGUGCUUCUGUCGCUCACUGUCUUCAUGCUCCUGGUCGCAGAGAUCAUGCCUGCCACAUCUGACUCUGUGCCCCUCAUAGCCCAGUACUUUGCCAGCACCAUGAUGAUUGUGGGAAUGUCUGUGGUGGUGACAGUUAUAGUUUUGCAGUUUCACCACCAUGACCCUCAUGGAGGCAAAAUGCCUAAGUGGGUUCGAGUGGUUCUCCUGAACUGGUGUGCCUGGUUUCUUCGUAUGAAACAGCCGGGUGAUGAGCGCAAGCGUCCUGGUUAUAAGUAUCGCCACGCCACCCACCACCACUCCAGCACCAGCUCCAUAGAGAUGGGAACUGUUCCUAGUCUUACUGUGCCUCUCUCCCAGGCGUCCUGCCCACCUUGCCCCACAGGCACCUCAAACGGAUCCAUGAGCCUCUACUUUAGUAAUUACCACCCCAUGGAGAGUCCACACUGCCCAACUUCCAGCGACUCCGGGGUAGCCCUGGGGGGACGUGCCCAUGGUUCCCCCAGUGAGGAGGCUGAACCACCUGGAGGAGUUGGCAGUGGGAUGGGGGGGCUGGCGAUGGGGGUUGGAGCAGGGAUGGGAAUCAGCAUUCCUCCUCCAGAGAUUCAACGAAUCUUAGAGGAGGUGUCCUACAUCGCCCAGCGGUUCCGGGAUCAGGACGAGGCUGAAGCUAUCUGCAGCGAGUGGAAGUUUGCUGCAGCAGUGGUGGACAGGCUGUGCCUGGUGGCCUUCUCCCUCUUCUCCAUCAUUUGUACCUUCACCAUUCUCAUGUCAGCCCCCAACUUCAUAGAGGCUGUUUCCAAGGACUUCACAUAGCUGGUUCGCAGCAGCUUGAGAGAUGGAAGAGAAAAGAAGAGGUAAAUAACAAACGUAGAGAGGACAAGGAAAAUGAAGGCAGAAGUAGUGGUUUCCAACCUACAGUCUGAGUGCCCCAUGAGACAGGACACUGAAGGCCACACUGUUUUUUGUAAGGAUUAACAUGUGUAGCACUAAUGACCUAACUCUAGUAAUUACCAAUCAUUAUGUUCAACUAUCACAUUCAGAACUAGUAAAACAACCUUAAAUAUUAUAUGACUUUAUGCAGUUGAUCCUUUUUGUAUCUUGAAGAUUAAAAAGUUUAGGGCGUAAGAGUUAUUGGCACUUGUAACUGUAGGAAAAAGGGUGGGAAUCUCUGAGACUGUAUAGAUUUUCUUUUUUUAAUUAAAAUAUAAAUAAGGGGAAGAUAUUGAUGCUGCUCACUGUCUUUUCUCUUAUAUUAAAAUAUGUAUAUAUCAUAGUUUUUUCUGCAGUGUUCAUUUUAAAAACUAGUCCACCUGCAAUGACUCUUAUCACAGUCCAGUUCACGGACUGUUCUCUGACUGAUGUCCUGUAUGUACAAACCCACUUACAUGUACAAUCUCAUAGCUCACACACCACUGUCUGUUCACCCUUUGAACUCUUACUAAGAAUAUUACAAACCUCUUCUGAUGAUGUUACCAUGCCUGUACUGAUAUUAGGUUAGUAACUAAACUGAGAUGUUUCACUGUGAACUUUAUUGUUUUUUGCUUCACUUCAGUCAACAAAGCAUUAGACACAACUUUAUUGCUUUGACACAAGUGUAGAGCCACUUGCUGUUAUCAUUAGGUCUGUUAGUGUAGGAAUGCUGAUGUAAAGAUCUUUUUUCACUGUGUCUUGCUUGCUUUUAUUUCUAAAACCAGAAAUGUAAUAUGAUCAGUUUGAGACGGUGUGGAACACUGACAGGUCUAUACUGGUGUUGACCAACAACACAAACAGUUCAACACAUUUCUAUGUAGGGAACAGGUCAAGUGGGUUUAGAAUAAAGUUGUCUAAAUGCUGUAAAAAGUGUAACAUUUACAAAACUUUAAAGGAUGAGUGAGACUUUGUACUUGUUGGACUGUACAUAUGUAAGUGUUAGCUGAAAACGAAGACCAUUGUGACUUGUGAAUCUGUUACCUCAUAGACAGUGACUAGAGUUUUCACAGCAAGGGGAAACCUUCACCAACACAUCAGCCAACAUAUCACUGGAGAAUAUACUGUAGAUGUACACAAGGCCCUGUUGUGACUAACACUUUUGUCUGCAUUUUAUAGAAGGAGCCACAUGACUGACAGGUACAAGUAUAACACAGUUGUUCAUGUAUUUAGUUCCACCUCCAUCUCUGUGUCACUUGUUUGUUGUAGCUGCAGUCACUGGCCUUUUUUUCUCUUUCUAUGUCAUUCCAAGUGUAAGUUUUGGCUCUCUGUGUUAAUAAAAGUAUAUUUAUUCUGUGUAUAA